AGCAAAGGUAUAGAUAGCAUUACAUCAACAUUUGAUGUCCGAAUUCUUUAUCAAUCUAAAUUCUUGUCUGUAAAGUAAGUACCUACUUACUAGUAAGUAGUAACUACUAAUAACUUCUUAGUAACUAAACUCAAAUUUAGAGAAGUUAAAAUUUUUUAUUGUUUCUGAAUGCUACCAAACACCGGUGCAUCGUAUACGAUUUACACUACAUUGAAGAAAUAAGAUCUCCCGAGUGUGUAAUACGCAUUGAUUGUGCUACGAAUAUUUCGUAUUAAAAACUAAAUCGCUCUCGAAUAUGGCCCUAUCGAGUUAUAAACUGUUGCAAGAACUGAAAAAUUCGACAAAACACCAGUGUCUAACUACUACCGGUGACGACAUGGAAUGGGGAUGGGAUACCUUGGAAUCAUCUACUGAUGUGAAUAUAUCGAAAGAUACUUUAGAAGUAGUAAUUCAUCCACACGCCAGCCGAGGUACUGGAGCGGUCCGUGGUGAUAUGCCAUUUGUGCCCGGUCACAUCUACUAUUGGGAAAUCAAAGUGGACGGCUCACCUACGGCCACCGACAUGAUAGUUGGUAUUGGCACUAAAGAUUUCGACUUGGAAAGCUCUCAAAACGAAUAUACCAGUCUAAUAGGAUCAGAUAAAAAAUCAUGGGGAUAUUCAUAUAAAGGUGUCAAACACCACGAUGGAGAAAGUUUGAUCUAUGGUCAGAAAUAUGAUCAGAGAGAUGCAUUGAUCGGAGUUCGAUUGGACAUGUGCAGAGGGACAUUAGAAUUUUUCCAUAAUAGAACUCCGUUAGGUGUGGCUUUUGAAAAACUAGAUAAUAGACAUCUUCUUUACCCCAUGGUGUGCUCCACUGCAUGCCGAACUCAUUUUACAAUAAAAUACUGUCGUUCAAUGCCAGUAAAUCUGCAACUUUAUUGUUUGCAAGCAUUUGACUCUAGUAAGAAUCCAUUAAUACCAUUUGGUAUUAUGAAAAUGGUAAUGGACUCUUGGUGGAUUCCUAAAUCCUUUCCAUCGUAAUUAAUAACACAACUUAAGAUUUUGUGAUAAUAUUUUUAUUUUAUUUUUGAGAUUGUUAUUAACAUAAUUUAUUGUGUAGAAAACUUAAUAUUUAAGAAAUAUACACAUUUAAAUAUAAAUAAGUUGUGUCUUACAAAAUUUGCAUGCAUAUAUCUUAUUAUGAGUACUAUAAUAUGUUUAUUAUUUUAUGCUAAAUUGUGAUUUAUUAACAAUUAUAAACUAAUUAAAAAAUAUCAUAAUCAAUUUGGUUCAGACAUAAAGUGAUGUUUUUUUUCUUAUGUUUUGUGAUAAAUUAUUACCAAUAAUUUUUCCAAUUUAGUUGGUUUAAAAAUAAGGUUAUUACAAAUUCUAUUGAAAGUGCAUUAUAAUUUAGUGAGAAAAUUAAAUAAUCAAUUAAUAUUGUUUUACACAAGUACAAUUGAUAAUAAGUCACAAAUACUAUGUAUUUAGAUAGUUAUGCUUAAUAAUUUUAUUAAUAUAAUAAUAAUUAUAUUUUAGCCCAAAAUUAUUAUUUUUUUUUUUUUUUUGACUAAUUCUAUUGUGUAAAUACAUAUACCUAUACCAAUUAUAUAAUUGUUAAUUAUUUUAAGUUACUAUUGUAGAAUUAAAAAUAUUUUAAUUCUCUUCUACUUUAAAAGUAAACUUAAAUAAAAAUCUUUUUGUAUACCUCUAUUAAAUAAUACUUAUAGUCAUUUAAUAGCUUGUUGUUCCAAAAUAUAUAUUUUAACUUGAUCUGGUAGAUUACAAAAUAUUUUAUUUAAUUUUGUCAAUAUAUAUUAUACACCCAUUAAUACCUUUUCUAACUUAAAUGUACUCAUAAUCUAUGUAUGAUGCUCAUAGGCGUGCGCAGACUUAGACCGCAGGGCCCUUAAAAAGACCCGAACCAAAGAUUCACUUUUUUCAUGUAAAAUGUAAAAAUGUUUGCUAUCUAUAUAAUGCAGUAAGUUCCUGUUAUAAUGAAAGUCAUAGAAGUCCCCUACCGAAAAGCUACAUACAAAAGCAUACAAAUGAAAUUUCCAAUAUAAUGAAAAAAAAAAUUCGGUCCCUUGGAGUUUGUUGUAACAGUAAUUUACUAUAUAAAUAUCUAUGCAUUUAUCAAAGAAAAAGCCAGAGACCGCGACCCACCCAGUCAUCCCUGUGCGCACGCCUAUGAUGCUUAAUAUUAAUGAAUAGGUUCAAUCAUUAUAUUAGUACCUAUAUUUUUUAUAGUACGUUCUAAAUAUUAUAUUUGUACCAUAUUUUGUCAGACGAUAACAAUUUAAUGUAUUUAUGUUACAUUUUACUGUUUGUUAUACUAAGUACUAUGUAGACAUAAUACUGUAGUGAUAUAUCAGAUUUCUUUCAAAUAAAUGUAUUUGAAAAAUAA